UCGACCUGUCAAACAUAUUUUCGAAAACAACACUUUUGAAUGUUACUUUCUCAAGCUCAAAACAUUGCACAAAACAUUUACCCAUGGAUGAAAUUGCAUCAAUUAAACCGUCCGAUGUAAAGAGAGACAUUUACCGUGGCAUUGCUGAGUGUACAAAACGUGGCCUCGUCCACAGUGCAAAAUGGUUAGCCGGCAUGAAUCACGGUCUGUCAACCACGGAACGAAUAUCACCGUCUCAAUGUUUCCAAGACACAACGUUCGGCAUAGCCGACAACGAAUUCGACGAUUAUAUGCUGGCAAAGACGUUCUUCGAUGUACAGGAGUACGACCGGUCGGCAUAUUUCACGCAAAAUUGUGAAUCGGCUGUGCCGAAGUUCCUGCACUUGUACGCCACAUACAUGUCGAAGGAGAAGAAACGAUUGGACAAUUUAACGGAUACGAGUCACAUGAAUCAAACAGGUUGCAUCAAAGAAUUGGGUGAAUUGUUGACCGUACUGAAGGCAAGAUACAGUCAACGAUCGAUGGACGCGUACCUGUUGUAUUUGUAUGGGGUUGUGCUGAAAAAAUUGGAUCUUAACGAUUUAGCCAUCACGGUUCUGCUGGAAUCGGUGCACGCCGAACCGGUGCUGUGGAGUUCCUGGGUGGAAUUGGUGCCGUUGAUUUCGGAUCGCGACAAAUUGGCCAAUCUCAAUUUGCCCAACCAUUGGAUGAAGAACAUUUUCAUCGCUCACACGUACAUCGACUUGUUUCUGAACGACGAAGGCUUGAAGAUCUACGAUCAGCUGCAGAAGUCCGGUUUCGUGAAGAAUGUCUAUAUUCAAUCUCAGAUCGCGAUCGCUCACCAUAACAACAGGAAUGUCGAGCAAGCACUGACGAUUUUCCGAGAACUGCAAGAAAUCGAUCCGUAUCGUCUGGACACACUGGACACCUACUCGAAUUUACUGUUUGUGAAGGAUCUGAAACGGGAAAUGGCUUUUCUGGCACACAAGGCGGUCGAAAUCAAUAAAUAUAGACCGGAAACGUGUACGGUCAUCGGAAAUUAUUACAGCAUUCGGGCCGAACACAAUAAGGCAGUCGUGUACUUCCAGCGGGCACUGAAGCUGGAUCCAAAUUACCUGUCCGCAUGGACAUUGAUGGGACACGAAUUUAUGGAAAUGAAAAAUACGAACGCGGCCAUUCAGAGUUACCGUAAAGCGGUUGAGGUAAAUCGACGCGAGUAUCGAGCUUGGUAUGGACUGGGUCAAGCGUACGAAAUUUUGAAAAUGCCCUACUACAGCCUCUACUACUACAAAAUGGCACAACAGUUUCGACCGUACGAUAGUCGCAUGCUGGUCGCAUUGGGUGAGAUGUACGCAAAGUUGGAUAAAAAUGCAAACGCCCUGAAGUGCUACCAACGCGCCUGCAAUGUCGGAGACAUCGAAGGUACUGCCAUGUUACGUCUAGCCGAUUUGUACAAUAGUAUGGACGACAUCGAAAGCGCUGUGCCGGCGUAUUUAAGUUACUGUGAAGAUGAGAAAACGAUUCCGGAUAAGGCGUCGUUGUGCCGGGCGUUCAAAACCUUGAGUAACUAUUAUGAGAGCAUCAAGAACCAUGAGAGAGCCACAUUUUUCGCGUACAAAUGCAUCGAAUACGAUGAGACGAAAGCCGAAGGAUUGUCCUUACUAAAAGCCAUCGAAAACUGCCGAGCAAGUAUGCCGCCACGAGCUGCUGAAAGGUCACCGGAAGGUAGCGAAAUAUCGAUGGAUGAAAGUGAUGUACAGUUUAAUUAUGCUUCAAUGUCAACGGAUCCGUAAAGAUGUUUCGUAGAUGAAUUGGGCAAAAUAAAAGGACAGAGGGGCUGUCCAGAUUGUAUUCGGA